UCACUCCCUCACGUGACGCAGCGCGUCGCAGCCCCAGAAAGAGGAACUCAAACCUGCUGGUCUCCGAUCAACUCCCGGUCCAGCCGUUCUUUGCAUGGUUCCUCCUCGUUCCUUAAGAUGUUUUCACUCGGGGACACCAUGGACUACCUUCUGGGGAGCCCGUUCUCCACUCCGGUCGGUCAGAGAAUCGAGAGGGCCACCAGCGCUGUGCUGAGAGCUGAGGACUGGGGCCUCAACAUGGAGAUCUGUGACAUCAUCAACGAGACUGACGACGGGCCCAGAGACGCAGUGAAAGCCAUCAAGAAGAGGGUGGUGGCCAACAACAACUUCCAGGAGGUCAUGCUCACUCUGACGGUUCUGGAAGCCUGCGUGAAGAACUGUGGGCGGCGGUUCCACGCUCUGAUCGCCGCCCAGGACUUCAUCGAGGGGGUGUUGGUCCGGGCCAUCCUGCCCAAGUACAACCCCCCCACCGCGCUCACGGACCGGGUCCUCAGCCUCAUACAGUCGUGGGCCGAUGCCUUCCGCAGCUCCCCCUCCCUGUCGGGGGUGGUCUUGGUGUACGAGGACCUGAGGAGGCGCGGCCUGGAGUUCCCCAUGACGGACCUGGACGCCCUGUCGCCGAUACACACCCCCAGCAGGAGCAUUCCGGAAAACGUUUCCCCGGAAACGCCCCUAGUGGUCGAACCGCCGCGGCGAUCUGAGCAGCAGGCCUACGUCCCCUCCCUGAACGCCCCGCCCCCGCCCGAGACGUCUGAGCGGCCCGUCAACCUCUCUGCUGAACAGGAGCAGAAGCUGCGUGGCGAGGUGUCUCUGGUGAAGGGGAACCUCCGGGUCAUGUCUGAGAUGCUCAACGAGCUGUCGCCCGGCCACACCCAGCCUGACGACGCCGAGCUCAUACAGCAGCUGUACACGGUGUGUAAGAGCAUGCAGACCAGAGUAGUGGAGCUCAUCCCUCGCCUGCUGGACGAGGAGCUGAUCGCAGAGCUGCUGGUGAUCAACGACGAGCUCAACAACGCCUUCAUCCGCUAUGAGAGGUUUGAGAGACUCCAUAAGCAACAAAGCACCGGGCAGCAGAACCCUCCCAGUGUCCUCAGUCCUAUCGACCUCAGCCCUGUGGCCCCCGCUCCCGGCCAAUCAACCCCCGCUACGGCCACAACCGGCCAAUCAGCAGCCAGCAGUCAGGCUAACCACAGUGCCGUCGCUAACCACAGUGCGGAGGAGUUUGACAUGUUUGCGCAGACACGAGGCUGCUCAUUGGCUGAGCAGAGGAAGAGUGUUCGCUACGAGGAUCCAGGCGCUGUCGAGGGAUUGGCCGGGGCUCUGGACACCCGGUUGCAGGCGACAGGCGUGAUGCCGGCAAAGCAGAAUCCCCCGAUGAGUGAUGUUGACCGGUGGUUAUCUGCUGACAUGCAAGAUCAGGCUGCUGUUUCUGAAGGGGUUACCAGUAAAGAGUUUGACAAGUUCCUGGAGGAGAGAGGAAGAGAAAGUGUUGAACCAUCGCGCCCAUUACAGCCGUCCACAUCCAGACUGCCCACGCAACCUGCCCAGCAACAGGAAAUGUCACAUGACCAGCUGUUUUCACUGUGAGGAGUUUCAGAGGCAGAGUACACGUAUUGGUCCGUAGAAACUAGCCAAAUCCUAAGAAAUAUCACUGGGUAACUGACACACACUCACUUACACUUACACUUACACUUACACUUACACUUACACUUUCUCUUUCUUUCUGGAAAGUAUGUCCUAAGUGCCUUUGGUAUUCUUGUGAUUUAUUUUGUCUUUACACAGAGAUCUUUACCAUCCCUAAUUUUAUAACAUAUUAUACUUAAGUAGAAAAGUGUGUCAUUCUCUUUUGAAAUAAUUGUGCCAAAAUGUACUUCCCAGAGAAUUGCAACUUAGUAUGGACUAUGUUUUUGAGAUAAUGUAUUUAUGAAAGGUGUAAUGAUGUGAAUAUAACAUUAAUGUGUACAUGGUGGACCUAUGCCCUUUGAUUUCUACACCAUAUAAAUGAUUUUGCUUCAGUCUUAAGAAAAUAAGAUAUUUUCAAUAAUUAUGGGAUUAUGUCGCUAUGUAUUACUCGGCUGAUCAUUUGAUAUUGUAAACAUCAACAGCAUUUUUUAUGAAGUUAUUCAACAGGAGACUAAGAACAACAAUAAAAAAAACGUGAUAACAUG